UUCUGCCACCCAUUCAGUGUAGAAGACUAAUUCAAGCAUUCACUGCAGAGUCACAGGCUGUACUUGGAUUGACAUCUCUGCAACAGAAUCCACUUCCAACACCUGGUCCCAUGGAGGAUUCUCCAUCCAGAGAAACUGCUGUACCAUGGCACAAAAUGCCUCCAAACCUUAUGCUUUCUUUAAGUGAAAAGAAGAGACCAAAGCCUAAAGAGAGAAGAGAGCUGGUCCGGAUAGUCAUUGAUGAUGUAGUCAGUAAAGUGCGUGGAAGACCUGGAAGAGCAAAGCUGCGGGAGAUUGCCAAGAAGAUUGUAGAUCAAUAUCCCUGUUCUUUUCAAGACAGAGAGGUCAGCGGAACCAAAAUCAUCGGAACAGGAUAUGAUUCUCUCUUCAUACAGCUAGAAAACAGACUUGAAAAUAUUAGUAGGCCAAUCACCUUCAGCUCAACCACGAGACCAGCAGUGAGUGAAGAUGCAGUGAAGAGAAAGUCCGCACUCUCAGAUCGUUAUGGGUGUGUGGAGUGGCAGCCUGCUGUUGAGAAUAUAACAGAACUAGAGUCUAAACAGGAUGACUUGAAAAGUAGCUUCAGGACCCGCCAUCUACAGGAGUCUUAUGUUCGCAAUUUAAUGGCUGAAACAUAUUCCAUCCAACGUGCAACAAUCAACAAAGGAAGCACUCUAAAAACAGUACUUGAAGAGUGGCCCUUCCUUUUUGAAGCUGUUCACCUGUUUGACCACACAUGUACCCUCCUUGGCUUACCAGUGCAGACAAAGCUGGCAGAAGAAAUAUCCAGAAAGGGAAAGAACAUCAAAGACUUCCUCGACUCAAAUGGGAUGAAAAUGCCACCAGGUGAAGAUCCAGUACAGCUCAUCUCGGGCAUUGCAGAAUACUUCAAGGAAAAGCCUGAUCUCCUUUUCUACCAAAGUGAGGAGUCUACUGCCGCUGGACUGAGCAUCCCAAGCACCCCCUGUAUCCUAAUCAUGGAUGAUAGACGAUUCAAGAUUGCCGUCGACCAGGAAGUUGUGAAUGACCACAUCAAUUCACCCAUUGUGGCCCUGAGCUACGCUUUCUCCUUGUUUUAUGUAUUAAACAUAAAAUACCCAAAGGAGAUGUCACUCACCCUGGAAUUCAUACAGAGAGUUUUCCUGGGAAUCAAUCCGGAUCGUGGGUCAAAGGCAGAAAAAAAGGGAACAAAGCACCAGCACAUUCCUCCAAGACUGCUCAAGUUCCUGCGUGACCUCAACAACUUUGAAAAUCCGUGGAUGGCUGUAUCAGUAGGGUUAGUAGGGUAGAUGUCUGUGGAUGUUUGUGUUACUUUGCCUUUUUUGUGGUUUUUCCCAAAAGCAAACUUUUUUUUUCUUAAUUUAUUGUUUUGUUUUGAGAGAGCUCUUGAUACAAAGA